AUGUCGUACCAGAACUUACAUUCGUGAACCGAAUUAAUUUUUCUUAUAUUAGUUUGGCACGUGUGGAGUGGAGUCUCCUCAACCCGCUCUUCCUCUCUGUUCCAUGCUCGCUCGCUCGCUCGCUCUUACGUUUCAAAAUUCAAACGUAUCCCUUCCUUUCCCUUCUCUUCUCUUCACUUCCCACAACCUAAUCCAAUGGACGAAGCAAAUCGAUUCAUGCUCGGGGAGAAACGAAAGCCCUCGUCUGAUGAUGAUUCUUCAGAAAACCCACACAGACUACCACAUGAUUUCAGAUUAUCCAAAUGCCGGAAGCUUGACGGCGAAAACGACGUCGUUUAUCGGAGUCGCGAAUCCGACCCAGGGCUAACCGCAAGUAUACCACCGGAGAAGUUCCGCGCCAGGCUCGAGAUCUGCUCUCCCGAUUCGUUUACAGUGACGCCGGUUCAAGCGAAAGGGUUCCGGUUCCCGGAAAAGCAAGAUUGCCUUCGUCAAUUGAACGAGAUUCUCUCCGAUGCGAUGCCUUCGCACUACACUCAAAACCAAGACGGAGGCAAAGCUGGCGUUUACAAGAUCAGAGAUUACAGCACGGUUUUGGGGAGCUUACGAAGGUCGAAGACCGUGGAAGUCGAGGAGAUACCUUGGAUCACGUUCGCCGUCGUUGAGAAGCUCUCUCGGUCGUUCGUCUCCGGGAGAUGGGAGCCUUGUACGCAUGAGCAUUUUAGUGAGGAGAAGGUCGAAGAGAUGAUCAGGAACCUGCCGAGGAAACUGGUGGAUUCGCUUCUGCCGUUUCAGCUUGAUGGUCUGAGGUUUGGUUUGAGGAGAGGUGGUAGGUGUCUUAUUGCUGAUGAGAUGGGGCUUGGAAAGACGCUUCAGGCUAUUUCUAUUGCUGGGUGCUUCAUGAAUGAGGGUUCCAUACUUGUUGUCUGUCCAGCGGUUUUGCGUUACUCAUGGGCUGAAGAGUUGGAACGUUGGUUGCCGUUUUGUUUGCCUUCUGAUAUACAUCUCGUUUUCGGUCAUCAGAACAAUCCUGCCUAUUUACCAAGAUGGCCAAAAGUUGUGGUUAUCUCAUACACGAUGCUUCAGCGUCUUCGGAAAACCAUGCUUGAGCGAGAAUGGGCCCUCCUGAUACUAGAUGAGUCUCAUCACGUACGUUGUUCAAAGAAGAAUUCAGAAUCAUCUGAGAUACAGACAGUUCUUGAUGUUGCUGAAAAGGUUAAGCACAUAGUGCUCUUGUCAGGCACUCCAUCUUUAUCGAGGCCCUUUGACAUUUUCCAUCAGAUAAACAUGCUGUGGCCUGGUUUGCUGGGAAAGAACAAGUAUGAGUUUGCGAAAACCUAUUGUGAAGUCGGGCUUGUCAAAGGUAUACAGGGGAAAAUUUUCCAGGAUUUUUCAAAGGGUACUCGCUUACUGGAGUUGAACGUACUGCUAAACCAAACAGUGAUGAUAAGAAGACUGAAGCAGCAUGUUUUAACACAGUUACCCCCAAAACGUAGACAAAUUGUAACCAUACUGCUAAAGAAGUCUGAUAUAGCUUUAGCAAUGACUAUUCUCAGUGAGGCUAAUAAACCAAAUGCGGCUAUAACAGAUGUCACAGAGAACACACAUGAACCUAAAGGUAUAGCUCAAAUGGCUCAUGUAUCAAAUAAAGAUGGAGAUGUGAACGAAGUGGACUCAGAUGAUCCUGACUGUGAAAAAGAUAAUCAACUAUCCGGGAAUCUCACCUAUCAACAACUUGGUGUUGCAAAGCUUUCUGCCGUUCGUGAAUGGCUAUCCCUACAUCCACUUAUAUCAGGAGGACUGGAUUAUACCCCUGAAGAAAUUAAUGAAGACACAAGUUCAAAUAAGAUGGUCAUUUUUGCACAUCACCAUAAGGUUCUGGAUGGAGUUCAGGAAUUUAUGUGUGAUAAAGGCAUUGGUUUCGUCCGCAUUGAUGGGACGACUUUGCCAAGAGAUAGACAAUUGGCUGUACAGUCAUUUCAGUUUUCUAGUGAGGUGAAAGUUGCAAUAAUUGGCGUAGAAGCUGGGGGAGUUGGACUUGAUUUUUCAGCAGCUCAAAAUGUUGUGUUUGUGGAAUUGCCUAAAACACCGUCACUGUUGCUUCAGGCUGAGGAUAGAGCACAUAGGCGAGGCCAAACAAGCGCAGUGAAUGUUUAUAUCUUUUGCGCAAAGGAUACUAUGGACGAAUCAAAUUGGCAAAAUCUGAACAAGAAGUUACACCGUAUUUCAUCUACCACUGAUGGGAAAUAUGAUGCCAAGACUGAAAUAGAAAUCGAAAGAGCACAUCUUUUCAAGCCUGCUGAAGAAAGCAUUGAAAGGGAAGCUCCUGACGCACAACCAUCACAAACCAAUAGACUAAUAGCUGACAACAAUGUUGAAAGCUGUGAAGAUCUGGGGUCUGAGACAGAUGUAUCAAAUACUAUUGAUCUCAAGGACAACAUGAUUUCUCAUUUGGACAUAUUAAAAAUCUUUUGUCCUUCUGUUGAAAAUGGUUCCGGAUCUAAGAAGAGGUCUCCUGGCACCAUUUCUUCUACUAUUUUAGACCGGGAAAAGCAAGAAAAUCAUCAGCCUGAAAAUUUUAUUGCUGAUAAUGGGCUUCUGAAAGAGAAUGAAUCCAGUUCCUUUUUUCCGCUCGUAGAUUCUCUGCGAUUUGAGGUGAGCCAGAACACUGGAAGAAUUCAUUUAUAUACUUGCAUUCCUGGGAAAGAUCCACGACCAAGGCCUCAUUUCCAGAACUUCCGACCAGAGGAGAUUGAAGCAAGCAAUUCAACUCCAUGCAUCAAUAAAGACAACACUUCUGAAUCCCUCACGGAUGACCCAGUUCAUGUUCGAGCUAUUUUAGAGUUUAUGAAAGAGUGGAAAGCAUUACGGCCAAUCGAAAAGAGGAAACUACUUGGAAAGCCUUUGCAACUACCUUUAUCACUGGAGUUGAGCUACUUGAGUGAAAGAACUAGUCACAACAGUGAGGGAUUGCUCAGAGGAGGGAGCAAAAGACGAAAUACACCCUUUUCAGAGAUCAGUGUUCCUUUACCUCAAAAUUCAGUGUGGAAAAAGGUCAACCUUCGAAGUGGUUACCAAAGAAAAGAAAAAGAAUACACCCAAGCUUGGAGUAUGAGCAACGAACCACUCUGUAAAUUCUGUCAAAAGCCAUGCAAGGGAAGCAACGCCAAAGAGCCUGAGUAUUUUGAGGAUCUUUUCUGUGAUCUUGAAUGCUAUGAAGAUUACCGGACAAGAACAAGCAGUAGAUAUAUUCGCCAGGAACUUUUUCAGAUAGAACAUGGAGUUUGCACAAACUGCAACUUAGAUUGCCACCAACUUGUCAGAUAUAUAAAGCCUUUACCGCUGGAAAAACGGCGUGAAUACAUAAACAAAGUUGCUCCAGUCUUGUUUUCCCGGAAGAACUUGCUCGAGACCCUGGUUAAUGAUCCAGCCGAGGGAAAUGCGUGGCAUGCGGAUCACAUUAUUCCAGUCUACCGAGGUGGAGGUGAGUGCCGGCUAGAGAACAUGCGGACGCUUUGUGUGGCUUGUCAUGCCGAUGUCACCGCAGCUCAGUGCGCAGAACGCAAAAUAAUACGGUCAAAAGCCAGGAAGCAACUCAAAGCCACUUUAAAAGAACUCAGAAACAUUCCAAAGAAAACAAAACUCUCGGCUAACGAUAACAAAACGGAGACUGAUUGUUCGGUUUCUGUGAUCGAGGAAGAGGAAGACGAUGAGCUUCUAGUUGAAGUUCCAGGCAGUUCGUACUCCAUAGAUCAGAAAAUCAAUCCUGACUCGUAAAACUCGACUUGAGUUGUCAAUUUUGUAGAGAAGAAACUGUAAUGAGUUUUAAAAGAGUUUGAUAUGCAAAGCAAAGGUGUUUGUAUCGCUGUAUGACCGACCAAAGAAACAAAAUGAUUCCCUUGUUUUCAAUAUAUUAAGAGAAUCAAUGUCA